AUGUAUCUUAUAUCGUCCGACAAUGGGGCCCCCCCUCGGCCCCCUAAUCUGAAGGGCAAUCAGUUUGCGUUGCUUUCUGAAAGCCCCCCAGUGAAAAAAAAGAGACAAAAUCAAAAAAUCGACAUGACCUUUCCCGAUCUUCCAACAAUAACACUUGAAAACCCUAAGUACAUUGUUAUGGCAUCCAAAAACGUUGAGAAAAAAAUCUCUGAUUUCUCCUGUAUCGCCGUUUACAACGCACUGCGUUUAAUUUCAAAAAACAUCACUUCCAUCUCCAACUUGCGCUACGGCAACCUGCUGAUGUUAGUUAAAAAUCAAAGCGAGGCUGACAAGUUCAUCAACUCACCUACUUUACCGGGCAUUUGCGACAUCACAUGUAAGAUGCAUGAAACCCUUAACCAAGUGAAAGGCACAAUAUACGCACCCUAUCUCUCCGAUGUCUCCAACGAAGAAAUUAUAGAAGAGCUGCGAUCCCAAAAAGUCAGCGAUAUUUUCAAGUUCACUAAAACCAUCGACAAUACUACCAAACCCUCUGGAGUAAUUCUGGUCACUUUUGACCUAUACCACCUUCCCAGCAAAAUCGAUAUAGCUUGGCAUUCAGUAAAGGUACGGGAGUAUAUUCCGAACCCAAUGAGGUGCAAAUCUUGUCAGCUGCUUGGCCACACAGCCAAGCACUGCAAAAAUGAACCUCGUUGCGGUAAUUGCGCUUUACCUCCUCAUUCGCCUGACAACUGCUCACAAACGAAAUGCGUCAACUGCUCAGAAGAACACCCUUCCUCCUCUCGACAAUGUCCCAAAUAUCAGCAGCAAAGAGAAAUUCUGAAAAUCAAGACAACAAAAAAAUGCACAAUGCGCGAAGCUAAAUUACUGUUUAACGGAACUACAACAAAACUAUCCAGCUCUUCCUCCUACGCUGCAGUAGCGAAUGCUGGACACAAUAACAACGGAAAACAACGGAACAAAAUAAUAACAAAAACAACCACACAAGAACAACUAUCAAUAAGACAAGCAGUGAUAAAACAUUUACCGAUUCCAACAAAGGAACUACAGCAACAACAACAACAUCAUCAUCAUUUAACUCAGCAUCUACAUCGCUGUCGUAUCAGCAAAAUCAACACGAUAAUAGCACUACCGAAACAGUCGAUGAUGACUAUGACUAUCUUGGCCUGACGCCUAAAACUACUGAAUACCUAAAACAACUAUCUAACAAAACUAAAACUACCUCUACCACCAACCUCCCAUCUACUUCUACCUAUUUAAAACGAAAUGAUCUUAACAAUAUAUUAGAUGACUCUAUGGAUGAUUCUGAUAUAUAAUAUAAAUCUAAUUAUUAUCUUAAUUGCAUAUAAUAUCCACUCCAUCUCUUCCAAACAAUGACGCUCAAAAUUCUUCAAUGGAACAUAAACGGAUACUUCAACAAUUACAUUGAACUAUUGUUAUUAAUUAAUCAAUCCAAUCCGGAUAUUAUAUGCCUACAAGAGACUAAUCUCAAAUCUAAUACCAUUCAAGUCGCUACUCCCAAACCAUUUAUUGGUUAUUUUUUUAAUAAUUCUGCCAUUCACCAUGCGAAGCAUGGCGUUGGUAUACUUAUACGACAAAACAUCCCGCAUAAAACUAUCAAUUUAAACUCUCCCACUUGCUCUAUGGGCAUUGAAAUUUUAUCCCACCCGAAUAUAAUAAUAUUAAACUCUUACUUCCCCCCCAACCAAAGCCUAUUAGCCUCCGAUUUAAUAAAUAUUGUAAAGACAGCUCUAAAACCUAUAGUUUAUGUU